AUGUAUACGAAUAAAACCUAUAUUCUCUAUGUGGGAAUUUUUGCAUUCUAUCCCUGCCAUGGACUCUUGGAAACAGUUUUACUCAAUGAACCACUGAUUCGUGGGGAAAAUCUAGUAAAACAACUCAAUCAUUUGUUGAAGAGAAUACGAUACGAAUUCCCAUAUGACUAUAUAGUCAUUGUGAAGGAUGUGAAAAAGAAAAGUGCGUGUUUAUUUGAAGAUUCGAUUGGUCAUUUAGAUGAGCCCAUCAUUUUACUGCCCAAUUUGAGCCAACAACAUUUGCUACAACAGCAGCAUUCGAACAAAUUUAUUUUACUUGCUUGCUCAGCGGAGUAUUUGAAUCAAUUGCACAUUUUCAAUACAGUGUAUCAGUAUGUGCCACAUAUCAUUUGGUAUCAAACAUUUGAGGAGCUGGAAAUGAGCGAAUUAUGUUCCAGUAUUAACAAGAAUGGCUAUUUUCAAAAUUUAAUAAUUACACCACAAUCUCUAGCAGAAAAAGAGACCUAUUUUAAUUGUAAUUUACACAAGCAUUUAGAAAUAGUCAGCCGUGAACUAUUAGCUAAUCCAUUUCUCAACAUGCAGGGUCUCCCGAUUAUAACUGAAUCUGAUCAACUGCCACCACGCAGUCUAUUAUAUUAUAAUGAUGUUGGUGAAUUGAAACUCACUGGAUUUGUGGGAAAUUUCUUGACUACUUUUGCCAAAAGAUAUAAUGCUAAUUUGGUAAUAGUGCCUCCAGUAGCUGGUGGUAUGGGUGUAACAGUGUUUUAUGAAAUAUUGAGUAACAAAACAUUUCAAGGAUUACUGGAUAUAGCAGCUACAGCGAUUCCUUUCAAAAUCGACACCUCUUCUGAGACAUUUUCUUAUCCCAUGGAGUUAAUGGAAUAUUGCUAUAUGAUACCAUUGCCUCAUAUACGACCAGCCUUUAAAUUAUUUUUUGAGAUCAUUGAACUAAAAGCCAUGCUCAUUAUUCUCUGCUAUUUCUUUAUAUACGGCCUAUUGCUUAAUAUCGGACAACACCACAAAAUAACUCAUUUGAACGUGGCCAAUAUACUGUUAAACGAUAAAAGCAUGCGUGGCAUGUUGGGACAAUCUUUUGUGAUGCCGAAAAAAACCUCCUUGUUUAUGAAAUACAUUUGCUUUCUGCUGUGCUACACUAGUAUUCUUAUUUGCACCAGCUAUCAGGCCUACUUACAGUCUCAUUUAGUUCAUCCGCCCCUUGAAAAACGCAUGGAAACUUAUGAGGAUAUACACAGAAAUAACUACAAAAUAUUGAUAGAUGGUCGAGAGUCAGUAUUUAUUUAUCCAGAAAUACUAGAGAAGCAUCAUGAUCUAUUUGUUAAAGAAAUAAAUUUUGAUAAAUUUCUCAAAACACGUCACAACAUGGAUACACGCUACAUUUAUCCGGUCUCUCAAACUCGCUGGUUUGUAUUUAGCGAACGCCAGAAACUCUUUCAAAGAAAAUUGUUUUAUUAUUCAUCCCAAUUGUGUCUGAGCAAUUUGGUUCUGCUGUCUUUUCCAUUGCGACCUGGUUUGCCCUACAGACACCAGUUCAAUCAACAUUUAUUAGACGUUCGUGAUACGGGUCUUUUAGAUCACUGGUUGGAGAACAACUUUUUAAUGAUGGUACGCUUGAAGCUAUCCUCUUUUAAAGAUUUAAGUGUUGCUGAUGAAUAUGGAGAAGUUCUACUUUUGAUGGAUUAUUUGUGGAUAUGGAUUCUGUAUGCCGCCUGCAUUUUAUUAUCGACAUUGGUGUUUGUAGGGGAAUUAAUAUUUUGUAAAGUUUUUUCAAAAUAA